AUGACCGACUUUCUGAACGAUGCUUAUGGUAAUCGAUGCUUUGACAUAUACAGAGAGGUUCGGAAAGUGCAUAAAAAGUUUUUGAAUGAAGGAAAGGAGCUUCCUACAAAUCAUCCAUUGUUGUUGAAAUUUCAUACAUGUUUAUAUCGACCUUUUUUGAAUAUUACCAUGCAUGAGAAAUUGAGAACAGAUUUAAAUAGUUGUUUGGUUGAAUCGGAAGAAGAUUACUCCAAGUGUGAAAACUAUGUGAAUGAGUUACGAAAAAUUGGAUCACUCGAGGCACAGGAAAAUGUAUUUUUUGACGUACAUAGCACUGUUAAAGUUCAAGGUGCUUCUAAUCAAUGCAAAGAAAAUUUAAAUAAGGCCAGAGAAUUAAUGUGUGAUGCUUUUCCUGAAAAACAUGAAUGUGUGGAAUUGAAAGAAAAAACAUUUGCAUGUAUUUCAAGGGUAGCUUGCUCCGAAUUACAUACCUUGUCGAGCGAGUGUUUCAAAAAAAACGAACAAAUGGAAUCUGAUUCAUUGUGGAAGUACCUGUUCAAAGGACAAGAUGUUCAAACUAAAAAAUCUUACGAACAGUAUUGCAGUAGUAUUCAGUCAGAUCUCAUCCGUUGUUUCGACAAAUAUUUUCUGUUGGGAAUUGUGAUGAAAUCAUCCACAUAUACACCAGAAGGCCUCGACGAACAAGGAUAUUUCUAUGGAGCUGUUACUCCAGAUGACUUGAAGAAGAGACAAAAGGCUCUAGAAAAAAGAAUUCGAUAUGAAAAAGAGCAAGACCGAAGAUACAGGGAGCAGCAGAAAAAUUAG